CACAGGCAUAUUUUUGGGCAACCCUGAGCUGGCGGCGUGGGGUCCUUCGGGGUCCCAGGCAGGGCACGUGCGGGAGGAAGUGGUUCUGCCUGUCCGCGCGGCCUUCGGAGGUUUCUCAACGUGGAGCUAUGGGAGGACUGGAGAAGAAGAAGUAUGAACGAGGCUCUGCCACCAAUUAUAUCACCCGGAACAAAGCCCGGAAGAAGCUGCAGCUGAGCCUGCCUGAUUUCAGGCGGCUGUGCAUCCUGAAAGGCAUUUAUCCCCAUGAGCCCAAGCAUAAGAAGAAAGUGAACAAGGGUUCCACAGCAGCCCGAACAUUUUACCUUAUCAAAGAUAUUAAAUUCCUCCUCCAUGAGCCCAUCGUCAACAAGUUCCGAGAGUACAAGGUGUUUGUUCGGAAGCUCCGCAAAGCCUAUGGGAAGAGUGAGUGGAACGCUGUGGAGCGCCUGAAGGACAACAAACCCAGCUACAAGCUUGACCACAUUGUCAAGGAGCGGUACCCCACAUUUAUCGAUGCUCUGAGGGAUCUUGACGAUGCCCUGUCAAUGUGCUUCCUCUUCUCCACCUUCCCACGGACCGGCAAGUGCCAUGUGCAGACCAUCCAGCUGUGUCGCCGGCUUACUGUGGAGUUCCUGCACUACGUCAUUGCUGCCCGAGCCCUGCGCAAGGUCUUCCUGUCCAUCAAAGGCAUUUACUAUCAGGCUGAGGUGCUGGGGCAGCCCAUCGUAUGGAUUGCACCCUAUGCUUUCUCCCAUGAUCAUCCAACAGAUGUGGACUACAGGGUCAUGGCCACCUUCACCGAGUUCUAUACCACUCUCCUGGGCUUUGUCAACUUCCGCCUCUACCAGUCUCUCAACCUCCACUACCCACCCAAGCUCGAAGGUCAAGCCCAGGCAGAAACAAAGAUCAGUGAGGACACAUAUGCCCUGGACUCUGAGAGCUCUAUGGAGAAACUAGCAGCUCUCAGUGCCAGCCUGGCCCGAGUGAUGGUGCCCACUAUAGAGGAGGCUGAGGCCGAUGAGUUUCCUGCUGAUGGGGAGGUGUCAGAGCAGGAGGAAGGGCGCAGGAAAGAGCUGGAGGCACAGGAGAGACACAAGCGACUCUUCGAGGGCCUGAAGUUCUUCCUGAACCGAGAGGUGCCCCGUGAAGCACUGUCCUUCAUCAUCAGGAGUUUUGGUGGGGAUGUAUCCUGGGACAAGUCUUUGUGCAUUGGAGCCACCUAUGACAUCACAGACUCGUGCAUCACCCACCAGAUUGUUGACCGGCCUGGGCAGCAGACCCCCGUCAUUGGCAGGUACUACAUCCAGCCCCAGUGGGUGUUUGACUGUGUGAAUGCCCGCCUCCUCCUCCCCGUGGCGGAGUACUUCCCUGGGGUGCAGCUGCCCCCACACCUUUCACCCUUCGUGUCCGAGAAGGAAGGGGAUUACAUUCCCCCCGAGAAGCUGAAGCUGCUGGCUCUGCAGCGGGGAGAAGACCCGGGAGACCUGAAAGAGGAAGAGGAGGACGAGGAGGAGGAGGAGGAGGACAAUGAUGACAAUGAAGGUGAUGGUGAUGUUGCGGAGGACAAGGAGGAGGAGGAGGAUGUGGAAGCUGAUUCAGAGAAGGAGGAGGAGGCGCACCUGUCGGCCUUGGAGCAGCAAAGGCUGGAAGGGAAGAAGCCCCAGGUGGUGGCCGGCACUGUGAAACUGGAGGACAAGCAGCGGCUGGCCCAGGAGGAAGAAAGCGAGGCCAAGCGCCUGGCCAUCAUGAUGAUGAAAAAGCGAGAGAAGUACCUCUACCAAAAGAUCAUGUUUGGCAAGCGGCGCAAAAUCCGAGAGGCUAACAAGCUGGCAGAGAAAAGGAAAGCCCAUGAUGACGCUGUGAGGUCUGAGAAAAAGGCCAAGAGGACAAGGCCUGUGUGAGCUCUGACUGGCCCUCACUGGGAGGGACAUGGCAGAAGCAAGCCUGUGGAACGCAUGCCACACACUCGUGCACCAGCCCGGCACCCUCAUGCUUUUGGUGGUGUGUGGCCGGCCCUAGCCUCCUAUGAAGUUCAUGCCAGUGUCUGGACAGAGGCCUCUACCCAGCGCAGUUCUUACUCCAGGAAUCUGACUACGAGCCUCAUUUUGCUUGGCUUCCCACAGCCUCCUACACAGCUGUGUCCUUAAUUCUCACGAUGCUGUCAUGGAAUAAGGGUGGGGAGCUCUUAUUAAAUGGCUGGACUUUUGCAGCCAAUUGGA